AUGAUCGAUACAUUGCCUACCGCUGUGGAAUUCACCGUUCAUCCAUAUUGGUACGGAGAAGGCUGCGUCUUUGUCAGAGACGUCUUGCAGUCUACUUGGCUUCCUACCAGGGAGCUAGUCACCCACGACAACAAGAGAGUGUACUUCAAUUGGGCUCCUGGGGAGUUUGAGUUUUUUAUGCUGCAGAAGUACUAUGCUUUCGACAACUUUGGAUCAAAGUGCAUUGCCCAGAGCAUCUAUUUCAACAAGCUCCGGGAAUCCUUCCACGACAAGCUCCGUUGGCAGCAGCAUGUGGAGAACUGGAAGGAGAAGGUCCGGGAGAAAAGGAAGGUUGUUGAAAAGAAGCAGCUCAACGCUGUUGUCAACGACGUGAAGGAGAAGAAGGAGAGGAAGGAGAGGAAGGAGAAUCAGAAUAAGUCAGGCCAAGCUGCACAAAGACCUCCUCCUAAGCUGAUUCUCAAGGAGAUUUCGAAGGCUUACCACCAAAAGCCGUCAAAGCAAGUCAGGUUUGCUGUGACCAAUGAGGAAGCAGAACGUGCUGAACCAGCCGAUGCAACCUCAGUCCCCAAGAAGACCUCCAAGCUUUCUAAGAGAAGAAAGGCUCUCAAGAAUAAGAAGAAGAGAGAGGCAAAGAAGACUGCGAGAAAGGCGGCAGUUUCGCCUCUUGAGGGCCAGAAGGAGGACUACAAGGUCAGCAAGGCAUGA